AAAAGAGACGUUUACAGUACUUUACUUCACCAGGUCAUCUUAGAAGUGGGUGGCUGUUCAAGGGAAAUCAAAACUUAAGCCCAUAUUUAAGGUGUGUUCAUCACUUUCCCUCCUCAUUUACUGCUGAUCUCAGAGCGGACAGAGCCUCGCUGGGUUUUCUCCUCCAAAACAAGCCUCACAAGUGCCUUAUUCUUCAGACAUGGCAGUCCAACAUCAGCCAACUCAAGUAGUGACGGUCACAACCAAUCAGGGCAUCGGGAACUGGAGCACCGGACUCUGUGACUGCUGCUCUGACAUGGGAACAUGCUGCUGUGCUCUCUGGUGCUUCCCCUGCAUGCAGUGUCAGACUGCCGGUGACUAUGGCUGGUGUUGCUGCAUGCCGCUGCUGGAUUUCUGCUGCAUUGUGUCCUGCGUACUGCGCUCUGGCAUCAGAGAGCGCCACGGCAUUCCUGGCUCGUGCUGUGACGACUGCUGUAAAAUAACGUGGUGCUACCCCUGUGUCUGGUGCCAGAUGAACCGUGAGAUGAAGAUCCGGGGCAGGCACCAGUUAACCAACACUGUGGUCACCACGCAGGUCAUGAGGGGAUAGAGUCCAGAGCACAUUGUUUCUGUUUGGAUGUCAUUGUAUUUUUAUUUUUAUUUUACAAAAUAUCAGUAGUGUGGUAACUUUAAGUCAAAUUUUAGAGGAACUAUACCGUUCUAUUUUAAAACGUUUAGAGUAAUUUUUGGGAUGACCUCUUGCAGCAAAAAAUUUAUUUUCACGUUCUAAACAUUGUUUAAAGUGCAGACUAGAUCAGAAAGAAAGAGUUCCACACUACUUUGAUGGGGAGGGGCAUACGCAAUAGCUUAGCAGACCUGAAGAGAAGCUGCAGCCCCAAGAGAAUGCAUGCAAAUCACUUUAAGGGUGUUUUUCAGGAGGAAAUAACAAUAUAACAUGGUGAAAAGCCACAAAAUGUGGCUUUUCCAUGAUAUUGUCCCUUUAAACAAGAGUCCAGUUAUUUCAUUCAGAACAUAAGUAUGUAAAACAAAUCAUUAUCUUGUGAGUAAUCUUUUAGUUUAAACCAUGCAAUAUUAAGGGUUUUAUAUACUUCACUGUUCUGUUCUUAUGUGCUUCGGAUGUUUUGUACGUUUGACUGAAUCCUCACAAUAAAGCCAUUCCUUCAUUG